GUUAUCGGUGACGGUUAUCAAUCCGCAAGAUCGAUUCUUCUCGAUUGUCCCCGAAGGAAUCCGCUCGUGCGGCAUCGAGGGCGCAGUAGUUGCGCCGUUCGCGUUGUCGACGUUGGCGUGUGUAUUUGGCGUCCUGUCUCAGGAGACUUAGAGAGAGGAGAGAGCCGCGGUGGAAGCACGCGGGAGCUCGAAGCCGGCUGGCGAAUCGAGCGGAGCAGAUCGAGGAGAGCCCGGUCAUUUCGGCGCCGGCCGAUUUUUCACCUUGGCCCGUUCGACUGUCCUUCGUGACAGCGAAGCGUAGAUAGCCGUGCAUACGCGGUCUCUCGUGAUCCCAGCAGCAGGAGAGAGAGAGAGAGAGAGAGCGGAGCUGCAGCCAAGAGCCAAACAGUCAGAGGUCGGUUAGUCAACGGGCGGUAAGCCGGCGAGUCAGUCAGUCAGUCAGUCCGAGCUGAAAUGGCACCGCGCAGACAGGCGAAACAGGCGGCGGUGGAGAGCAUGGCCGCUGCCGCCGCUGACGGCAACGUGACGCCGCCGAAGAAGAGGAAGACCGCUGCAAAAGGAUCGGCGGCCGCGGACGAGCCGAAGCAGCAGCCUGCAGCCAAGGGCAGAACCCUUCGGCAGGCGAAGGUGGACAAGCAGGAGAACGAGGGGGCCGGCGAGCCGGUGAGUCCGCCGAAGAAGUCACGCAGCAGGCAGAAGAAUGCCGCCGAUACCGCUACCGUCGCCGUCGCCGCCGCCGCGAAAAAUCCUACAAGGAGCAGAUCUAAGAAGCCGGGAAAUGCGGCGGUGGAGAGCAGCGACGAGAUGGCCGAAAAAAAGCCUCGUGGCGGCAAGGCUGCGGCAGCGGUGAAAAAGGCGGGAAGCAAGGCGACGAAGGCGAAAGCCAAGGUACCGGCUGCCAGGAAGCAGAAGACGGUCGAGGACAGCGCCGGAGAUUCGGGAAAGAAGAACGCUGCCGGUGGAAGCCCCGUGAGGAAGACGACUCGCCGCCCUGCGAAAGCGGUGGAAGAGGACGAUGCGCCGGCACCGGCCGCUGCGAGGGUGCCUAGAAAACGUAAGAACGUAGUGGAGGACGCGAUCGAAGCUACUGCGGAGGACGAGGCAGAGGUAACCGCGGGCGGCAGAAAACGCGGCAAAGCAAAAAAAAUGGAAACCGAUGAUGCACCCGUUUCAGUGACCUCUAAGGGAAGAGCCAAGAAGAAUCCUGUGAAAGAAAUUGCUAAGUCACCGCCAAAGGUGACAAAAAGCAAGAAGCAAGAUAACAAGGUGCAAGAUAUAGAAAUGGGAGAAGAAAACCCAAAAACGAAAAAUGUGAAAAACGCGAAAAAAGGAAAUGCAAAAAAAGCUGCACCUCGAAAACUUAAUGCUGCGGCAGAAAAGAUUGAUGACGCUGAGGCAGAGGAGGAAGUAGUGACAACAUCUGAUGUCAAAGAAAAUGGAGAGGCGUAUGUGGCAGAGCCUAAACAAAAGAAGAGAAAUGCGGGGAAAGCGAUGAAUGGAAAGGUGGAAGCUAAGGGAAAACAGAAGAAGGGACAAGUGACUGCUGCGUCUGAUGAGAAAGAAGAAGAAACAGAGGUAACUGCAGAGGAAGAAACUCCCGAAACGAAUGUGCCAUCGGAGACGGAUGAAAAUGACGUAAAAGAUGAUUCCUACAGCACAAAUGAAACCUUCUUACUGGAAAAGAGAAAUUUUGAUGGACUGCAGGAGAAAAACAAGAUGAAUGACAGUAAAGAUUCGGUAACGUCAACCACAGAAUCGUCAGUUAAUGAAUUGGAUAGGUCAGAAUGUGUCCCGUGUCUUUAAGAAAUGCUGGACUGUUAAAGGGUAGGAUGACAAGUCGCAGAAAUUAAAAGAGGGAGAUAUCAAUAAUAUUUUAUAUUUGACUAAUAGAUGCACACAUGAAAAACCGCGCGAGAAAGGAAGGGAGAGUGUCAGAGGGGUAACCUGUUUUAAUAUAUUUAUCGAAACAUUUGCAGCGUAAACGGUUGGAUCUUAAGUCCUUGGCCCCUCACUGUAGUCGUAGCUUGACGCGACUUCAGUAUCGGAUUGGAAAUCUUAAUAUUCUGAGAAGGAUAUUUAUUUUUUUUCGUAUGUGUGAAGAAAAAAAUAUAUACACGAAAGUUUCGCACUAUCGUUUGUAUUAUUAUACAAGGAUUUGUAACAGAGAGCGUGAUAAAAGAUGUUACCGGGAAAUGUUUCGAGCAAAAAAACAUAUUUUUUUAAAGAUGUCUUUUAUUGAGAAUGUUUAAUACUAGAUUUUCAGCUGCGUAUCGAUAACAAGUAGUGCCAUAAGAAAGUUUGAUAGGAUUUGUACGAGAUUCUUGAUUCCUACCUGGGCAGUAUCUGCUAAAAGUCUAUCUGAAGAAAUGAGAUUUAUUAUAAAUAAUAAAUAUUUAUAUGUAUAAUUAUAAUACUAAUUAUAAUUAAUAUUAAUAUAUUAAUAUUAUUAUAAUAAAUAUUGUUAUCGAGCAACAAAUGCGAAUGUCCUGGAUAAAGAUGCAGGCAAUAAAUAAUUUUUCGACUGUUGCCCAUAUAGGAAUCGAGUGUGUUACAUAUUUUUCUAAAAAGAUAACACAGAUGAUACUUGUACGCACGCACACACAUACAUGUAUUGUUUCCGUUCUCUAGUCCUGUAGUUUUUACUUGGAACAUUUAUUCUUGAUAAUAUAUAACAGUGCGAAGUUGAUUACAGUCGCUUUUAACGAGAAAAUUUUCAGAUUGUAACUUUAGAUUUGUAAAACGGGGAAGCCUCUUGAUUAACAGAUUCUGUGUGUACGUUCUUUUUUUUUUUUAUUACUGUCAGACGCUACAAUUAUUACUUGAACUCCCUGGGCGCGUUUGAGUCGGCGUUAAAGCAUUGCAGCUGCAUGGGCCACAAUAUUGCUAAGCAAAUAUUGUCUAACAUAGCAGCUUUACGCAUCGUUGAACACAUACGAAGUAAUGUGUUUAACGGAUGGGCGAAAUAAAUUACAAUUUUGAUUGCAAUAAAUUCAAGGGUAAAGUUUUAUUGCAACAAAUUAUAAAUUAGAAAAUAAUGGUAUAUUUUCAUUGACGGUGGAUUUUCAGGCCUUUCCGUAAUAUAACAUUUUACUAAUUAGCUUUGCUGGCUGGGAACGCGCUCAUUGUUAAAGCAGUGUUCCAAAAUUCAUUGCCUGAAAAUCUAUAUAGCUUACGUUACGUGCACUAUAAAUUUUCAAUGCUGAUUGUGGAUUUUGGAGCACAGCCUGAAUUAAUCAGAAUGUACUUUUUAGAGAAGGACAUAUUUUCGUGUAAAUUCUGACGACAGUUUGUACGAUUAAGUAUUACUACAUUACAAACAUUCUGUUCAAUACAAUAUUAACUGCGUAUGCACUUAUUUUCAAUAAGCAAGAUGUUAUAACGUUGCGAUGUACGUGUGUUCCUGUAAUUGUUAAUGCCCCUUGCAUUUAUAUUACUGUAUCCUCCACUAUAAACAUUUUUCUUUUCUCUUAUGAUAGAAUAAUAAAUCGAUUUUGUGUUUA